AUGGGUAGAAAAUCGAAUACUGGCGUAAUCCUUCAUGACUAUGCUCUCAAGGCAGUGGUAAACAAUUUGGAAAUAUUGAUCUUCGCUUCUCGUGAAUUGCCAGUAGAAUAUUGGCGUUUUCGCAGAAAGUACUGCUUUUGGGGUGUGUUUAAACCUACCAACACACUCGUCAAUGGUAGCAAUGCUAAGUCUGCAAUGUUUUCCAACCUUACAAAAGAUGUUUCGACGCAGCUAAGGAAUGGCAUUCGCGAGACCGAUAACCUGGAGCCAUCGCCUAGUCCCUCAAACAGAAGUGGUAGCUGUGUAACUGAUUCAGGAGACCCCCUUCCGCAUGCAUACUAGAACUCAACCUUCUCAUCGGACAGCAACUCCCUCAUUUCACCAAGUAUUCUGGGCACAGAAAACACAAGAACAAGCUAUGUUAUAACAAGCUAUAGCUACGUGUGUAAAUUAAUGUAAUGUAGGAAUCAUGACAGCAAAAGUGAGUUAAGGACAAGAUUGAAGUCGAAAUGAUGCAGCAGUGACAUACGGGCCUUUGCGGUGCAAAUGUGUAUCAGAGGCGGAUAGACAAAGCAUAGCAUGCCAUUCAGGGAACACAGUUUUCGACUGUAUACUACUCUUCCUCUUCCUCAUGUAUUGUAGUUCUAACUUCUCAUAUUUAUUGUAAAUAUAUUGAUGUGCCAAGCAAAA